AUGACGCAUCAGCAGAUUGAAAAGUCCUUGAAGGACAUAUCUGAUGCCAUUAAUCUUGGCUUUGGGACGUGCCUUAAGGAGCUCAAGUUACUGGCGGAUAGGAUGGUAGCUGUGGAGAAGAAGGUGGGAAUCACCAACAGAGGGGGUUCAUCUGAUGAUCGUCAACUUACAACCACUUCAAAUCCACCAAAACCUGCUGACGAACCCGGGAGUGAAAGUGUGAAUGGGGCGAAAGCAGGACGGAAGGAAGCCAAAGAACCGAGUCUUACUACAGAACCGAGUUCCUCGAGAGAGCUCUGUCUUGUGAGUCCUGCAGACGACUUACCGAGUGAUGAUCCUAGCCUUCUUAUAUUGGACAAACAAGUUCCCACCGCUUCAGAUUUACUCGUUGAAGAAGCUAGAAGGCAGACAAAGAAGGAGACUGCUUUGGUGAAUCUCCGUAAAAAAAGUGUGCGAGAAAGGAAGCUUGCUCCCACACAGCAAACUCCUUUUAAGGGAAACAGCACUGCCAAACAGAUCAUUCCAAACAAACAGGUUGGCGGAGGCUAUGAUCCUUUUGCACCCUAUGACAAGAUGAAGUCGAAGGAGCUCACUGCAUGGGUGCAAAAAGAUCCAAGGCUUGGGGGGGUGGAUGUGGAUGAUAUCUAUGCACCUGUGAACUUCAAGAACCAGCAUUGGAGUGCUAUAUGGAUAUCGAUCCCUAAGAGGCACAUCGUCGUUUGGGACAGCAUUGUCUCUCAUAUUAGCCCUGAAGAACUCGAUGAGGUAAUGGAGCCUUUUGUCACAAUGGUCCCUUAUCUGCUUGUUGAGUGCGCGCUCUCUGACGAACAAAAGGUUCAAUACACAUUGGAGCCAUACACAUAUGCGAGACAAACCGUUGGAGUACCUCAGUGCCGAGCUGGUGAUUGUGGCCCCUUCACUCUGAAGUACAUCGAAUGUCAUGCUCUUGGGAUAGAAUUUCCCACCGCGUUUGACAAAAAACACGGGAAGACCAUCAGGGAGAAGAUGGCGCUGGAUAUAUUUCGAGAGCUUCCUAUGUGCCAUGAAUGGGAAAACCAAGACAAUGAUGAGAACCUGGCAACAUUAGGGGAUGUUAACAGGGUCAGGAUAGGAUGA